UUAAUUAAACCCAAAAAAGGGAAGACGAUGUGACAGGAUCAAACUGAUAAAGACAGUGGAGGUCAACCAAUUCAUCAUCAAUCCGUUGAUCAAUCCAUCAAACGAUACAGAUUGGAACCUGAUAUCAAUAAGAUCACUACUGGGUCUACUACUGCUACUUUGACCGCUUGUUGGGCGAAAUAAUUCAUCAUAUCUUCAUAUCUUUACUGUUUUCAAUUAUGGCAGAUGUUGCAAAAGCAAAGCAGGUGCUUGAUAUGCUCAUACAGAACUUCAAUGAUCCUAUGUCUGAUCUGAAUUUCUACUUGCAGUAUAGUAUAAUACAUACCAUUCUAAUGUAUGGUGAUAUUCCUUUAUCUUUACGUAAGGGGGAUGAAGAAUUUUUACAACUUAUUCAUGACUAUAUGUAUAAAUUUAUCCAUGAAGCUGUUAGAUCAGUUGAACAAGUUUAUCAAAAGAAUAAAAUCUUAUUAUUGUUUUAUUGUUCAUCAUAUGUGAAUUUUCUUUAUCCUGAUUUUGAAACUCUGUAUUGGCCACAAUUGAUGAAAUUAAAUUUCAAUGUCCCAGAUUUUGAAUUGAUUGAUGUGUUAAUUAAACGAGCUUGUACAGUUAAAGUGAAUAUUAAAUCGAGUUGGUUAUGUUCAAAGAUCCUUGUUAACUGUAUAGAUCCUAACACUGGCUAUGUUAAUCAAAAGAUAGCCCGACUUUUUAAACAACUGAUUACACCAUCUCAAAUAAAAUCACUUUUAAAUUUGAAUGAUGAUUUUACCAAUAACAAUUAUUUGAUAGAAUUAAUCAUGAAAUUAGGUUUGAAAGAACAAAAGUAUCUCGGAUUUGCUGAUGUGGAUCUUCAAAAUGAAUUAAUUGCAAAACCAGUACUUAAAGCGGGAGAUUAUAGAAUUUGUAAAUUUUUAAAUUUAAUAAAUCCAAGUUUUAAAGGGGUAUUUCAAAUUAGAUCAUUAGUAUGUUCAACAGUUCCAAAAUUAAAUUGUUCAUUAUCCAAUUCUCAACUUUGUUUUUUACAAAUCUUAAAUUCUUCCAUAGUUGUAUUAUGGGUUCAAGCAGAUCCAAAAUUUGAAAUAUUAACUCCAUAUUAUUUCAAUUUGAAAUCUUUAUCAUCCAUAAAAAAACUUGAUAAUGAAAUCAAAUUACAAUUCAAUAGAAUAAAACCAACUAAGAAUUCUUUAAAACAACCUUUGAAUCCAAGUAUUAGCCCUGAUUACCAAUUUGCACAAACUAUUGAUAUAUUUAUUUAUUUACAUAAUCCAAAGCUUGUUACUUCAUUGGUUCAUCAUUUUGUUACCCUUAUAAAAUUCUUUGCUAUUAAACAAGGUGAAGUAACAAAAAGAAAAAUUUCACUUGCAGAAUUACAAACUCAAUCAAAGACAAGGCAAGCUUCACCAUCAAUUAUCGUUGCUCCAAAGAAAGAUAUUGCUAAAUUGAAUAAACUGUUCCCACAAAAGGCAACUAAAACUGUAACACCACCAUCAAGCCUGAAAGCAACGAAUGGUACAACAACCUCGCCAGUAGUUAAUCACGUGGUUCAACUGCCACCAAAAGAACCUAUCAGCACAUCAAACACUACCACCACUAGUACUACUACUGCUAGAGUUGAAAAGCUGUCAGAACAGACAAAAACCCAAUCAUCACCACAACCUCGGACUCCAAGUACUGAAACUAAAAAGAGGAAACUGAAUUCCCCAACAGAUGAGUCUACAAGUCGAUUAAAUAGAAUUACCAAAUUAAGACCCGCCACUCCUCAUUCAAAAGCUACCCAUAGUUUGACUUUGGAAGAUACUAUAAAUAGUUCAACCACAAGAGUCAUUCCAUCACCAACCAAACCUCAAGAUAGUACAAACGGAAUUGUAAAUGUUAAAUCAAGUAAUCCUACGGCAUACGCUACUAUGGCUGAACUUUUAUCUGAACAACCACAACUGACUCAAAAUAAAGAUGAUGUAUCUGAGAUUCAAGAUUCGACAUCAGUUCAACCUUCAACUGUUCUAGAGCCAACAAUGACUGCUUCGUCGUUUAGACAAUAUGGCAAGAAAAGAGUAACCAGAUCCAAUGCAAGUGGUUGGGGUGUACCAUCAGAUGAUAGUCAAUCAAAUGGUAAUGAUACCACUGUUGUUAUUAAUGGUUCAACUGUACCUAAUUCCGAAUCUAGUUUAAGCCAAGUUACAAGAGGUGCCACUAUAACUGAUUCUGUGAGUUUGAUUAGUCCAGAUGCGGGUGAUUAUGAUGAAGUUAUGUCUGAUGCAGAUGAAGGUUCAACUGUGGUGAUUGAAACCAAUAAACAUAAAGAUCAAACCGCAUCGAUCAAUGGAAGGGAUGAUAGUGAUAAUGAUGAUGAAGUAGAAAAUGGAACCAUUCAAAGUGGUGAUGAUAGAACUAAUAAUAAUGGACAUACAUCAACCAUGACGGCUAAUGGGAGUGGAUCUGAUUCUUCGGAAUCGAAUUCAUCUCAACAGCGAUUACUUACGAAUGAGGCUAAUGAUGAUGGAGAAAAAGAAGGAGAAUCAAAUCACCUUCAAAUUGAAUCUACUAGUAAUGAUAAUAUUUAUAAUUUACUUGAACAUAAUAUGAGAGUAUUAAGUCAAUCAUUAGUGGAUAAAUUACGAGAAUUAGAAAAGAAUAUUGAAUUUCGAAAGAAUCAUUAUGAACAAGAUAUUGAAACUCAAUUUGAUAUUAUUGAUUUUAAAUCUCGACAAUUUGAACAAGAUAUGCAAGUUCAAAUUGAUUUAAUUCAAUUAAAGAAGAAACAAUUUGAAUUAGAUUUACAAGAACAAUUUAAAGUUAUUGAAUUUGAACAUCGUCAAAAUUUAAAAAAUCUUCAAGAAUAUUAUAAAUCUGAAGUUGAAAAGAUCUUUAAAGCGUAAUGUGGAGGUAAGUGUGGGUGUAAAUAGGGCAUGUCAUAUUAUUUAUUAAACAAAGUGUAUUAAUAUACAUUUUAGAAAAUGUACGUCUAUAUAUAUAUAUAAAUAAAUUAUUCUUACUUACUUUUUCAACUUUAAGAAUGAAAAGAUCUCCUUUGCGAAAUCAGGAGGAUUAUCAAGAUAUAAAUGAUGACCUGAAUUACUCAAGAUUCUAAAUCUGGCUAAUUCAUCAU